AUGGCCACGCCCAGGGUCUUCCUCAUCCGCCACGGCGAGACGGAGUGGUCGCUCAACGGCAGGCACACCGGCUCGACCGACAUUCCCCUCACCGCCAACGGCGAGAAGCGAGUCAAGGCCACCGGCCGCGCCCUCAUCGGCAGCGACCGCCUCAUCGUGCCCAAGAAGGUGGCUCACAUGAAGCGCGCCCAGCGCACCUUUGAGCUGCUGAACCUGGGCUCGCGGGAGCGCCUGCCCUGGCACGCCCACGGCGCCGCGUCCGAGGGCGCGCCCCAGCCCUGCGGCGCGGCCGUGCAGGUCACCGAGGACAUCCGCGAGUGGGACUACGGCGACUACGAGGGCAUCACGACGCCCGACAUCCGCAGGAUGCGCCGGGAGCAGGGGCUGUCGGCCGACUGGGACAUCUGGAAGGACGGGUGCCCCGGCGGAGAGAGCCCGUGGGACGUCACGCACCGGCUGGACCGGCUCAUCAUGGACAUCCGCGAGCGGUGGCAGCGCCCGGCGUUCGGCGGCGGCACCGACAGGCCCGGCGACGUGCUGGUCGUGGCGCACGGGCACAUCCUGCGCGCCUUUGCCAUGCGCUGGAUCCGCAAGACGCUGCAGGACGGGCCGACGAUGCUGCUCGAGGCCGGCGGCGUGGGCACGCUGAGUAUCAAGGAGCCUGCUAUCCUCCUCGGCGGUGCCUUUAUCGUGGAUAUCAUCGACGAGGACGAGGCGGAGGAGACGGAGAAGAAGCUGGCGUAG